AGCCCCAUUGGACCCGGGGAGGGCGCAGGGGCGCGCGCGCGCCGCCCGCCGCCGCUCAUUUGCGCGCGCGGACGUUGCUGCGCCUCAGUUGACUUGGAACCGCGCAGAGUUUGACUUCCAGCCGCAAAGUGCAGCUCGAGCGAUCGGAGCCCCGCCGUGGUGAGCCGAGAUGAUUCCUGCGCUCAUCUGUGCUUUGGUCUCAGUCAGCGUGGCAGAGAAUGCUUUAGACGUUCUGUACCCGGACCUGGAGUUCUCCAGAACCAUCUAUGUCACAGAUGGCCCUCGCCUCACAUUGGUGGCAGAACAAUCCAAGGUGGUUUCAAGGAGAGGCGGAAACGUGACUCUACCCUGCAAGAUCCAGAGGGACCAAUCACUGGCACCCAGUCGCAAGAUGAGGAUUAAAUGGACCAAACUAACCUCUGACUACCUAAAAGAAGAGGACGUCUUUGUUGCUAUGGAUUACAAUAAAAAGAGUUUUGGGAGUUACCAUGGACGGGUGCACCUUCAAAGCUCCUCUCCGAUGGAAUGUUCCCUGGUCAUCACAGACAUUACCCUGGAGGAUUAUGGGAAAUAUAAGUGUGAAGUCAUUGAUGGGCUGGAGGAUGGAACGGUGGUGGUUUCCCUGGACCUUGAAGGUGUUAUCUUCCCUUACUUUCCACGGUUGGGUCGCUACAACCUCAACUUCUACGACGCAGAGCGGGCGUGCCGAGAUCAAGACGCCGUCGUGGCAUCCUUCGACCAGCUGUAUGACGCAUGGCGGGGGGGCAUGGACUGGUGUAAUGCUGGCUGGCUGAGUGAUGGCACUGUGCAGUAUCCCAUCACCACCCCCAGGGAACCCUGUGGGGGCAAAGACACGACCCCUGGCAUCCGUAACUAUGGUCUAAGAGACAAGGACAAGGGCCACUACGAUGUCUUCUGCUUCACCUCCUACCACAAAGGUCGCUUCUACUACCUGAUCCAUCCAUCCAAGCUGACCUACGAUGAAGCAGUGAGAGCUUGUCAAAAAGAUGGCGCUCAGAUUGCCAAGGUUGGCCAGAUGUUUGCUGCCUGGAAGUUGCUGGGUUACGACCGCUGCGACGCAGGCUGGUUGGCAGACGGUAGUGUACGUUAUCCGAUUUCCCGCCCCCGGAGGCGCUGCAGUCCCACAGAAGCGGCGGUGAGGUUUCACGGCUUCCCUGACAAGAAGCACAAGCUGUACGGAGUCUACUGCUUCAAGGGCAACAACUGAGGGACACAGAGCUUUCUGCAAGCAGCUGCAUACAGUUCACAAGCAUGCACAACACAUCUAAGGAACACACCAGGGGAGCUGAAACAACAGAAAAAAAGAGGAACUGACACGUCCAAUCCAACUGUGAUGCUUUAGUUCAUAGAAAAAUGAUGCCAGCUGACUCAUGUCGUUUUUUAAUCUGGGACAUGAUCCUCUUGAAGGACAGUUUACACCCAUAUCAUUAUUUAAUCAAAGCCUUGUAGAGGGUUUGUCAUAACCACAGCGAUCCUGACAUCCAGAAAUGGACUAGAAAACUGUGAACGGCUCAUACCUGACUGUUGGAUAAAACUUUGGCCACUUGUUGUGCUUAGAAUACACGCCUAAAGUUUGUUUGCUUCGCCAUUCCUCGCUGUCCGAUCUGAACAAGGUGCUCCAACUGGUACUUUGUACUUCACCUACAGUCCAGUAUUUGAUGUUUUUGUACAAGUCUUUUGGACCAAACAUAAGAGUCACAGCAAAGUGAACUAGAAACAGGAAGUGUACGUCUUUUCUGUAGGAAGUGGUUAUCUAGAACAUGUAUUACUGUUAAUGCAUUUGUGUUUUCAUAUGUUUUGGAAAGAUGGACUCUUUAUUUUGUCUUUUAGAUGAAAAUAUCCAAGAUUAUUUUAGUUGCAUUAAACACAAUUAGGCCGAAUCCGAAUUGCUUCCCAACCUCUACGGCUUCUCCCUAUCCCUACAUUUUUCCCUCCAAGUGGAGAGACAUGGAAAGAAAUAGGGUCUUCAAUUCCGGAUGUUACUACCGCUCAAUGACAUCAUCUCCCGCUGAGUUAGGGUUAGCUGCUAGCGCUCUAAAAAUACACAACAACAUCAUUUUAUAACGUUAAAAAGUCAUGCUAAAAUAAAGACUCAAUACUUGCAUUUAAAUGUAAACUUCUCCACGCCACAGAUCACCCUACUGGUGGAGGGUUAGCCAGCCAUAAGUCACUAAAGCUCCUCCGUAAAAAAAAAAAACUUUGGGAUACCACUACAGCUUCAAAUGCCCCUUCGAUUGGAGCAAAAGGGAGGAGCCAGAGGGGUAGGGGAGGAAUUCAGAUUUGGCCUUAGAGUAGCGACAAAGUAACUUACAAUCAACAUCUAAAAAGUGAGAAAAUAUACCAAGCGGCAGAAAAUAAAAAAGCAUGAAUAAAAAAAACUCACCAAUUCUCUAUUAAAUCACUUCUACAAUGAAAUCUGUGGCUGUGUAUCUGCUUGGCUUGGGUUUCAGAGCACGUCUAGCUUGGGUAGAAUAGAUAGAAAAAAAUAUGAAUUAUUGUAAAGUAAAAAAAAACUGAUUUGUUUUUUUAAAUGCAAAUAAUGUAAUCUUAACCGUAGAAUAAAUUGAGCCAGGUUGCCAUAAAGCUACUUUAAUGCCUGGCUAACACAAAAUGAAUGAAAAAUGUGUUCAUUUUUUCAGUUUUAUGAUUCUGUAACUCACAAUUCAUACAUUAGAGUGAAAAGUUGGCUUUAAGUUAGAGCAAAAAAAUGAAAAGUGUUGUUGUCCUUGUUUAAAAUCUACAGGGCUCCAUAGAAAAUAAAAACAGAUUGGAGCUGCAGAAAAAGUUAAAUUGUAGGAAGAAAAACUCAUUUGGGGUUCUGAACUGGAUCCAUGUACUUUUUGGCAUUUCAAAAUUCCCCUUAAAUAAAUAAAACCAAAAAAACAACAAAACAAAAGUA